AGAGAGGUAAAAAAAAUCUAGAACCUUCUGUCGUCCAGCCCGCCCCACGGCGCCACUACCAUCUCCGGGAAGGAACGCACCCGGGAAAAGAAUCGGAGCUGCGCGGCGGCGGAGCGAGGAGCCCCACGGCGAGGGAAUGUGGUGGGAGUGGGAGGGCGGCGGCGGGGAGGCGGCGCGGGAGGAGACCCCCGUCGACUUCGACUUCAUCUCCCUCCUCUCCAAGUCCAAGGACUACUACAAGAUAUUGGAAGUUGAUUACGAUGCGUCGGAGGAGACGAUCAGGUCCAGCUAUAUCCGGCUUGCGCUGAAAUGGCACCCUGAUAAGAAACAGGGUGAAGAAAAUGCAACUUCCAGAUUUCAGGAGAUUAACGAGGCAUACCAAGUUCUGAGUAAUCCUGCAAAGAGGCAAGAGUACGACAAUAAAGGCAUUCUAUAUGUUCAAGAUCAGAAUGUAGUGGACUACCUGAAUCGGCACAAGGGUUUAAUACUUACCUGCAACGGCCUUGGCAUUAGGUACUCGGUAUGGUGAACUUAUUCAGGUGUGCCACAAUCUAGAUCCAUCUGUGGUCUUUAGAUGAUUUGUAAUUGUAAAAUUUCAUCUAGUCUAGAAUACAUGGUAUGACGUACCAUUUUUGGGGGCUCAAAGUUGACAACUUGAGUUCAUCUUACAACAGAGUUGAUUUCUAUUUGCCGAUCAGCUGUUGUUGAUUGCAAGAUGCUAUGUUAUCUGUUGUCCCCUCUAUGUAACACACUGUUCCUAACCUAUGCAAUGUAAUCGUAAUUUCCUGAAAAAUGUCCUGGCAUGUAUUGUUAGUGAUCA